UAAACCUUUUGAAUCAUUCUUAGCAAUAACUUUUUACAAUCUAUCACCUCAUUCUAGUAAAGCGGUUGCUCCAUAUGCGGUAAUCGAACCAGCCUGCCUAAGAGGCGGUGGUUUACUCUCCGGUGGGUGUAAACAGUUCGUGUCUGAUUUUAACCAAGUUGGAUAGUAAGUACCGAAGAAUGGUCAACAAUUUGAGUUUGAUUUUUACCAAGUUGGAUACUAAGGAUGGAAGAAUGGUAAUCACUUAUUCUUAAAAUCAACGUUGUUAAGACCAAAGAGUCGAGCGGGAAAGCUCUCUUGAGAAGAGUAUCGGAUUCUUCUGACAGAUUUUAUUCUGGUUAAAAGGACACUGCAUUUUACCAAUUCUGUUAGGCUUGUCGUCCAUAAAUGCUUUAUAUAUCAAGAUAUGGAUGAAAAUAGAAACUUAUCAACAGAUUUUUGAAGUGACAACAGAAAAUGGUCCCUUAGAGCAGAAAACAGAAAAGCCCAUAAACAAACAAAGAAGCGUUCAAACAUAUAUGGCAGCUUUGGAGACAGCAGUUGAGUGGCUGAGACCCCUUGUAAAAACAAAGGCAUGGGACUACAGUAUUAUUUGGAAGUUAGGGGAUGACCCUUCAAGGUUUAUAAAAUGGGGGGCUUGUUGUUGCAGUGGAGCAAAUGGCGGACACUUCAAAAUGAAAGAAGAAACUGGUUUGGAAAAGCAUUUGAUUAUUGAAUGCAAAGAUACAAGAAAUAAGCAUCCAGUUAGAACAAAGGCUUGCAGGGCUCUUGCACAAUUUCCAUCUUCCAUAGGAUUGUAUUCUGGGAUACAUGGAGAGGUAGUGAUAUCAAAACAACCAAAAUGGCUAACCCUUGCAAAUGCCUCUAUUUCGAAUAGUUUAUCUGAACCUGUUGGAACCCAAGUUCUGAUUCCAGUUGCUGGUGGUUUGAUUGAGCUCUUUAGUAAAAGCCUUGUACCAAAAAACCAGGAAAUAAUAGAUUUCAUCUUUUCUCGGUUCACAAGUUCUGCAGAACAAGAAAUCAUGUCUGAGAAGAGCUAUAUCAAUUUUAACCACCAAAUUGAUUGGCCCCCAUCACUUCAUUAUUUGAAUUUGAAUCCUGAAAUAUCACAACUAAAUAUUGAUUCUAGCUUUGAGGGAUCAUCCAUUAUAUCGACCCUUUCAAACGAGCAUCAAUCAUUUAACAUACACGAUGAUCAUGUGUUUGGAAAGAUGUUGCCUGAAAAAUCAAGCGGAAAAUAUUCAGAAAUACCUAGCAGCAAUUUGAAUUUGAAAAGGAAGCAAAACGCCGAUGAGAAUACCAAUUUGAAGGAUUUGCAGAGGGGAGGAAAGGAGCAUUACCAAUCAAAGAAUCUUAUCACAGAGAGAAACCGAAGGAAGAGGAUAAAAGACGGGCUCUUUGCUCUUCGCUCAUUAGUCCCACUGAUUUCUAAGAUGGAUAGAGCUUCUAUAUUGGGGGAUGCAAUUCGAUACAUAAAGGAGCUGCAGGAGACAAUUGAAAAAUAUCAAGAUGAACUCAGAGAAAUGGCAGAGGACUGCAACAGAAACAAUGCUAAAACCGAGCUUCGAAGCUCAGUCGAGGAGCAUGCAGGCCGGGAAUAUUUACUGGCCGCAGACAUUGACAAAGGUUAUUGCGGUGCUAGUGAAAAGAAACAAGCACAGGUAAGGAGUUCUGUUUCAGUUUCUUUUUUUUCAUUUUUUCCUAUGUCAGAAAAUGGUAUAUUAGUAGUGAAAUGGGUCAACUUUGAGCCCAAAUUUUCGUGGAACCGGUACCUUAAUUUUAACGGGACAAGGCAUAUUCAUGUUCUACUCCGCAAGGGGGUACUAAUAGUCUUUGGAAGGGGAGACCAAUAUCCCAUCGGAUUCGGUCAUAAACUCAAACGUUCGCCUUUGUCUGGUUGGCUCAGCUUGACCCCUGUGUCCAUGUCUGUUUUGUCUUCGGGUGCAAGUAAGACCUUAUACUAUAUUAACUUUUUGAACAAAAUUUACUUGAAUUUUUGA